AUGCCCCGAGAAUACUACCAUCAACUACCGACAUCCGGAAACCAGCAGUUUCCUUCGAACCCUCCCUCGUAUGACGAGACCAAUUUUGUCAACCAUCGUCAGAGUAUCGGGAGCCUCCAAAGUGACACAAGCGAUCUUGAAGCCAAUAUUGAUUUUGAGGAGUUCGAAAUUGACGACCCCGAUAAUAAUUUGCUCACCCAAAAUAACGCCCUGAGGUUAUGGGACACCGCAGGCUCAGUAUCGCGAUCUAUUGGCCACGGAUUCUGUUCGAAAAUUGUCCUACCUAUCACUGGGCUUCUAGAUCCGAUAUCUGAAGCAUGGCACACCAUCUCCGUCAAAUUUGACGUUCUGGUAAGCAAGUUUGUCAACCCGUUGGUAUUUAAACGGUUCCUCUACGUGGUAAUUGUGUCUGCAGCGAUGUACGUGGUGAUCUCUUCGGAACUUUCAAACCGGGCCCUGAUCAAUGGUUUAUUCAAUGAUCUAACAAUAAUGCUGGCAUAUAUUAAAUCCAAUUUGGAUCCCCAAAACAUGCAAGAAAACUUGGAAUAUUUAAGCUCGAUUCCCCAUAUGGCAGGAACUGCUGGCGAUUUGGUGCUUGCGAGGUACAUUUAUAACGUUUUUUCGAAAUCAGGAAUCGAUGGCAAACAAUUUGAUGAAAUGAGGAGUUUUAUAAAUUACCCAGAUAAUGUCAAACUUGAAUUGAAAAAAGGUGAAGGAUAUGACCAAUAUACUGCCGAGUUAAUGGAACCUCGGCCGCCUAUGAAUAGCGAUGAUGCCACUGGUCAAUAUUCACCCUAUGAGGAUUUGCCGUUCAAAUCAUUCAAUUUCUUAUCCAGGGAUGGAAAAGUCGAUGCUCCAGUAGUUUAUGUCAAUUAUGGGCGAACCAUUGACUACCAAACUCUUGAAAGUCUUGGUGUUAAUUUCCAGAACUCCAUUUGUUUCACACGAUACGGUAAAAUUUCUACCCCUUCGAAAAUCAAGAUUGCCACAAAUAAUAAUUGCAAAGCUAUGGUUUUCUUCAAAGAUCCCAAAUAUAUGGACCUUACAAAAGAUGAGUAUCGAUCCAUAAUUGAAAAGCAGAUGGUAUCAUUUCCCGCAUCGUCCCCUGGAAAUGUGUUGACCCCAGGAUGGCCAUCAUUCGAUAACGAUCACCGUGUGCCUUUGGAAAAUUCGAAAACUGCCCCCGAAAUCUCGUCUAUUCCUGUAUCUUAUAAGGAUGUAUUACCAUUUUUCAUUGCCUUGAAAUCCAAAGGAGUGAACAUCAAUACUCAGGAUGAGAAUUUCAAAGACUGGGAAUUUGGUAAUGAUCAAAUGGUAAAAGAACUUGGGUAUUCGCAACCAUGGACUGGCACGGCUGAUGAAGGUGCAGCAGAGGCGUUGCUUGAAGUUGAAACUAUCAAGCGUGAACUGAAAGAACUUUGGAAUAUUAUUGGGAAAAUAGAAGGUUCAGAACAGGGGGAAAAGGCCAUUCUUAUUGGAGCUCAACGUGAUUCUGGUUGUUUCGGAGCGAUCAAUCCUAAUACUGGCACAGUUGUUUUGCUUGAACUUAUAAAGAUUUUUACUGGAAUGCAAAGAGAACUCAAUUGGCAACCCCUUAGGUCAAUUUACUUCAUGAGUAUUGAUGGCAGUGAAUAUAAUUAUGCAGGAAUAACGGAGUGGGCAGAGGUAAACUACAAACAAAUAAGUGAAGAAAUUUUCACCUAUAUUGAUUUGGGGGAUACCGUAAGUGGGGAUAUUUUGGAAAUCAUGGCUCAUCCAGCUUUCGAAGCAUUGAUUUCGGAUGUUUUAAAUGAUGUGAAUAUUCCAAUCCCCGACAAUAAAGAGUUAAAUGAAAAUGAGUAUGAAAACGAUAAGAAAUUAUCUACGGUUUUCAAUGAUAAUUACCAAACUAUCAGAACUUUUGGGAACUCUUACCCAUUCUUAUCAUUUGUUGGUACUCCAGUGGUCCAAGUGAAGUACACCAACGCCAAAUCCGAAUCUCCUGAUGAAUAUUCCCACAGGUAUCCUGAAAAUAGUUGUUUCGAUACAUUCCAGCGAUUCCAAGACUUGGAAAUCGAUCCUAAUAUGAAAUUCCACUUGUCUGUGGUGGAUAUCAUAUCCCAAAUUAUGAUCAAGCUCGUUGACGAGCCAAUCAUUCCGUACUCCCUUGAUUCUUUGGUCGAACGCAUGAAUUCUUAUCUCGAAGAUUUGACCCAAUACUGUUCGAUGGUAUCUGAGAGGAAACAUGUCGGAAAUAAUAAAGUACUAAAUAUCGCUGCCCUUAAACAAUCCAUGGAAUCUUUCAGGACAAUCGGCGACCAAUUGACGGUCUGGCUCCGCACUUGGACCGACAUUGUGUUUGCUAAGGAUGGGGCGGUGGAACCUUCCAUGCUUACAGCUCAUCGUUGGGAAUGGAACCGCAAACUCAUACAUUUGCAAAGAUUCUCAAUUAAUGAAAGCAGCAUUUCCAAUAGAACCUGGGUUAAGAAUAUGUUGUUUGCUCCGCAAAUAUAUGAGCCAGAGUUUUACAAACAUAAGGAGACAUGGCAGAAGUUUGAAUGGUGGACGUUUCCGAGUAUCAGGGAUGCUGUCUAUCAAGGCCACUGGGACGAAGCCCAAAGAGAAGUAGAUCAACUUACUCUGAUGGUUAGAUAUGCCAUCGAUGGUUUCUUUGGCCGGUGA